CCGACAAGUCGCAAUUCGCUACAACCGUUUUUCCUUAAGUUGGCUGUGAUUUUUUCUACCUUAAUUAGUUUUUCCUGAGUUUUUGUUUUGUUAAAUUUCAAAAUGGAAAUAAGUUCGAAUAAAGUUAGAAAAUCCAUUAAUGAAUUAUUGCAUUUAUUAAAAUCGGAAGAUAAGAUUUUAAAAGAGUUUUUGAGGUUACCAGAUUUAACUGCUCCGGAUGUUUUGAAAUUAUUGAAUUACUUAGGCUCUAAACUUCUGGAUCCUAAAUACACCGAGAACAUUGGAAUAAGCUUCUCAGACUGUAUUUUGCUGAUUGUUUCGGAGAGAAUUAAUAACGAUGGUGAAGUCAGCGAUGUCAGCAAUUUCGAAGAGUAUCAGAGGAAAUGCAUUGCCUUAUCAAAAUUAAUGCGGAUUUCGAAAGAUGUUUUGAGAUAUGCAACAAAGUACUUUACCAACAAACCAGCCCCAUUCACCCGUUCAAAUGACGAAAAUUCGAUUAAAAAGAAAGCCAAACUCACAAAGGCAACCCAUGUUGGCGACUUGGAAAUCGCAAAAUGCUGCUUCCAACUUCUUUCAUGUGAUCCGGUUUUCUUUAAAGAUCUCUGGAACUGGUCUCAGUUUGUGUCUCACUACCUAAAUCAAGGAUGUGAUCUCCAAAAACUUUAUUGCAACCAUGUCAUAGCCAUCAUCACACAUAUGACCCCUCAUCAAUUGAAGGAAUUGAAUAAAUCAAUCAGUGAGGAUGUGAUUUUGUUGUUCGACAAGGAACAGCAUUGUAUUCCUUUUAGACCCAGCAAUCUUCCCAACUGUGAGAAUCCAACACAAUCAGAUUCCCUAUUAACUGUGCCUUUUGCGAGUGAGGUCGUUACCAAUGUUGAGGGUGUUCUAAUUCCCAUUUUCAACAAUGAAAACAAAAAAUUCUACGAAGAAACGGACGGCAACUAUGAUACGAUUGUAAGAGUCGAUUCGACAAAAGUCAAUUUGAGAAGUAUUGCCCUGGGAGUGUCAUCAGGCAAAGCGGUUUGUCUGUCCGGACCAGUUGGAUGCGGUAAAACAACUCUAGUUGAAUAUCUAGCUAGAAAGACUGGAAGAGUUUGUCCCAAGCAGCUGGAAGUUGAGAAUUUAAAAAAUAAAAAUGAAAAUAAGCAAUCGUUGAAGGUCAAAACUAAAAAUAACAACACAAAAAAGGAUCAACUCAGUAGGAAUAAACGCAAGAGUGACAUUGAAAAGGAUGAUAAUGUUUUGAAAGUCACUGAUGAAGCACUCGACAAAAGGAAUGGAUUUCUGCGAAUUCAGCUGGGAGAUCAGACUGAUAGUAAGAUGUUGUUGGGUCAAUAUCGCUGUACCGAUGUUCCAGGAGAAUUUAUUUGGCUUCCAGGUGUUUUAACACAGGCUGUAAUGAACGGUUAUUGGUUGCUUCUUGAAGAUUUAGACUCAGCUACACAGGAUACAUUUACAAUCCUAAAUAAUUUGUUGGAGAACAAUUUCCUAAGUGUUCCUGGCUUCAGAGAUUGUGUCAAAAUCGAACCAGGUUUCCAACUUUUUGUGACAAUUAGAACCAACAAAGGAGCCAAUGCUUCCCAAAAGUGUCUCUAUUCUCUGCUGGAGAAAUAUCUUUACACUAUCAAUGUUCUGCCAUUGUCUCGCAAUGAACUUUGUCGUGUGGUCAGCACAAAUUAUCCUAAACUAAGUACAGUUGCCAAUCGUAUAGUCGAUGUGUUCUUGACAUUUUCAAGUGGAGAUCACACCGUUGCUGAUAACUUACGCACCCAGGAAACUGGUGAAAAAGCUGAUAAAACCGAGAAAUAUGUCGCUUUACCAUUUGAAGCGGUCUCUGUCAGCAGCAUAACAAAUUCUGGAAGACUUGUGUCCACGAGAGAUCUCAUUAAGUUGUGUGCUCGUUCGAAUCCAAUGUUCUCAGUCACAAGUACAGAGUGUGCCUAUUUUGUGUUUCAAAAUGCCGUCGAUGUGUUUUGUUCAUAUUUGCCUGAGGGCAGGGACAAAACUCGCCUUGUCACGAGUAUUGGAGCUAAGCUUGGUAUCAUUCAAUCGAGAUGUGAAUUCUUUUCUGAUGAAUAUAAGCCCGAUGUCGAGGUGGAUAGCAAGAGAAUCAAAGUUGGCCGAGCUGAGCUUGUAUCGAAAUUAUGUGGGCUUUUAAAGCCUCGCAACGAUGACGAUGAUGACUUGCUAAGACCAGUUAAGAAGCAGAAACUUGCGAAGAACCUAAAGAAAACAAUCAUGCCCCAGAAGACAACUAAAAGUGCCACAUUCUCAUUUACCCGAAUGGCUUCAUGUUUGUUGGAACGGAUAGCAGUGUGUGUUGGCCAAGACGAGCCUGUUCUUCUGGUAGGUGAAACCGGAGUGGGAAAGACCUCAUCGGUGCAGUAUUUAGCUGAAAAAACCCACCACAAGUUGGUUGUGGUUAACAUGAACAACCAAUCAGAUGUGUCUGAUCUAGUGGGAGGCUUCAAGCCGGUCGAUCUGAAUUACGUCGUAGCACCUUUGAGAACCGAAUUCGAGAACCUCUUCCGCAAGACUUUCGAUGGCAGCAAAAAUGAGACGUUCCUUAAUAAAUUCAGUAUUUGCUACAAUCAAGGCAAUUUUAAAGUCCUCAUCAAACUUAUGAUCACCGUGGUGCAGUCCGUGUUCGGUCGUUACGAAAAAGGUGAAUUCAAAUUCCAGGAAGAUCUGCCUAAGUGGAAACAAUUGCAAGUUAAGCUGGUCAAGUUAGAUUCCCAGCUAUCGAAGUCUAUUAAUAUUUCGUUUGCCUUCAUUCCUGGAUCGUUGGUGAAUUGCAUUAAAAAUGGAGACUGGGUUCUGUUGGACGAAAUCAAUUUGGCCUCUGCCGAAACUCUGGAAUGUCUCUCGACGAUUCUCGAGCCCGACGGGUCGGUUGUGUUGCUUGAAAAGGGUGAUUUCACCCCAGUGAAACGACAUCCUGACUUCAGGAUCUUCGCCUGCAUGAAUCCCAGCACGGAUAUCGGUAAAAAGGACCUUCCCGUGGGUAUUCGAAAUCGUUUUACCGAGUUCUUCGUCGAUGAACUGACCACAGAUGGUGAUUUGACUCUGCUAGUCAGCGAUUACCUGAGCAACACUGGAAUUGAAAAGAAGCGAGUAACGAACAUCGUGAAGUUGUACAAAAAACUCCGGAUCUUGUCAAAAAUGGAACUCAACGAUGGUCUGGGUAAUCGUCCGGUGUUUUCUCUACGUACACUUUGUCGUUCUCUUAGGAUUUGUGCAAAGAAUCUCUGCGGAUCCAUUGAGAGAAAUCUCUACGAGAGUUUCUGUAUGAGUUUCUUGACGCAACUAGAUCCUGCCUCCCACAAUAUCGUUUUGGAACUGAUCAAGGGUUCAUUGCUGAGCAACGUUAAGGCGAUUCUAUCACAGGGCAUCCCACGUCCAGGAGAAGACUACUUGAAUUUUGAAGGCUACUGGAUACAAAAGGGACCAAAUGAGAUUCAAGAAUGCGCCAACUACAUUCUCACCAAAAGUGUGGGGGAAAAUCUGAAGGAUCUAUCGAGAAUUAUAUCGAUCGGGAAGUUACCAAUCCUGCUCCAGGGUCCGACAAGUGCUGGAAAGACAAGUUUAAUUGAGUAUGUCGCCAAGAAAAGUGGAAACCAUUGUUUGAGAAUCAAUAACCAUGAGCACACUGAUCUACAGGAGUACAUAGGAACUUACACAUCCGACGUGACCGGCAAGUUAUCCUUUAAAGAGGGCGUCCUUGUGCAGGCUAUGCGCAACGGCUUCUGGAUAAUCCUCGAUGAGUUGAAUUUGGCCUCGACAGACAUUUUGGAAGCCCUUAAUCGUGUCCUCGAUGACAAUAGAGAGUUGUUCAUUCCUGAAACCCAAACCGUCGUCAAAGCUCAUCCUAAUUUCAUGCUGUUUGCCACACAAAAUCCACCCGGCUUAUACGGAGGUCGAAAAACUCUUUCGAGAGCUUUUAAGAAUCGUUUUAUUGAGCUUCACUUUUCCGAGAUUCCCCGAAAUGAAUUGGAAGUUAUCCUGGAGAAACGUUGUCUCAUUCCACAAUCGUACUCCAAGAAAAUGGUUCAAUGCAUGUGGGAUUUGCAAAAGAAUCGCAAGACUACAACCAAGAAUGUCUUCACAUUGCGUGAUCUUUUCCGAUGGGGAAACCGCUACACCUACGCCGAUAAGGAGCUCCUCGAGGACCAGAAGUACGAUUGGAACCAACAUUUAAUAGAAGAGGGUUACCUGGUUUUGUCGGCGAAAGUGAGAACUGAUAUCGAGAUUGAAAUCAUAGAAGAAACCCUUUAUCGAAACUUUAGAAAGAAGAUUAACCUGGAUUUGCUGUUCGGCGCGGAAGCUUCGCCUGUAACAAGGGCCAUCAUAGACUCAAUCAAAAGCUACACCCAAAGAAAUGACAUUGUCUGGACAAGAAACAUGACACGAAUGGCGGUUUUGGCGGCCAAAGCGAUACAAUUCAAUGAACCCGUACUGUUGGUCGGACCAACUGGAUGUGGAAAGACCACAGUGUGCCAGAUCCUUGCCAGUAUUCAUGAUGUUCAAUUGAGGAUCCUCAAUUGUCACAUGCACACCGAGGGAGCUGAUUUCUUGGGUGGUCUGAGGCCAUGUAGAACAAAUUCGGAGGGAGACGAGAAUCAGAAGUUGUUCGAGUGGGCCGAUGGCCCGUUGAUCAUGUCUAUGGUGGAGGGAAGCUAUUUUAUGGCUGAUGAAAUCUCUUUGGCAGAGGAUUCGGUUCUUGAACGAUUGAAUUGCAUUCUAGAACCUGAGAGGACGGUCUUGUUGGCUGAGAAAGGAGGUGUAAGUGAUGUUGAUUCCGUGUCCAAGGACUUUGUCACCAAAGCAGCCGAUGGAUUCCAAUUCUUCGCUACUAUGAACCCUGGAGGUGAUUUCGGCAAGAAAGAGUUGUCGCCUGCUCUAAGGAAUCGAUUCACUGAGAUUUGGUGCAUUCCGUCGGAUUCAAGAGAUGAUCUGGUGAAUAUUGCCGCGAAUUGCAUGGCACAGAGUAUGGAAGGAAAGGAGAUGGAAUAUGUUCGUAAGGUUGCUUCUUUCCUGGUCGAUGUUGUGUUCUGUAUUCGGGAUAAAGUUGAGAAGUUUAAGUUCUCCAUUCGAGACAUCCUCGCCUGGUCGAACUAUUUGAUUGUCAAUUCCAAACUUGACUUCCCCGAGGCAGCUAUGUUUGGCUUGGAGACGAUUUUCUUGGAUUCCCUAGAAAUGUUACCACAUGAGUCGUUGGAAAAGAUAGAAGAACUUAAAUCGAACAUCAUUCGGUAUGCCAUUGAACAAGCAAAGCUUACCGUCGGCAUUGAGUUUAAAGAGGAGGAAAUUAUGUCAAAGCGUGGAAGUGUGAUUGAAACUACAGAAGAGUCCUUCGGGAUCAAACCCUUCUUCAUUCCCACAAAUCCUGAAAGAAAGAUAAACGCAGACGAACAUUUUCUAUUCGAUGCACCGACAACAAAGAAGAAUCUCUUCCGACUUCUCUCGGCGUUGAGUUUGAAUAAGCCCGUUUUGUUGGAAGGACCUCCUGGAGUUGGCAAAACAUCUAUUGUGGAGAGUCUGGCUCAUGCCAUCGGUUACAAUGUCGUAAGAAUAAACCUUUGUGAACACACUGAUCUGGCCGAUCUUUUCGGAACUGAUUUGCCUGCAGAAGAGAAUAUUGAUGAUCCUGAAGUGAAGAACACCAUAGGAUCGUUUGUGUGGAGAGAUGGUCCACUGUUGGCGGCUUUGAAAUCGGAAAACACAUGGAUCUUGCUUGACGAGUUGAAUUUAGCUCCACAAAGUGUUCUCGAGGGUCUAAACGCCAUUCUUGAUCAUCGAGGAGAAGUUUACAUACCCGAGUUGAACAAAACAUUUGUCCUCAGUCGAAUGACUCGCAUAUUUGCCUGCCAGAAUCCACUGCGUCAAGGUGGAGGUCGUAAGGGUCUCCCACAAUCGUUUCUCAAUCGAUUCAACAAAGUCUACCUGAGAAAGCUCUCCACCGAAGAUUUGCUGUUUGUAGUAAAUGGAAAAUAUGCUAAACACUUCGAGGAGUUGGCCACGCAUUUUAAGGGAUUUUUGGAACAAAUCGAUGGAAUGGCAGAGCCAUUUAAUGUCUUUGAUUUACUCCAACAAAAAGACGGCUUUAAAAUAAGCGAAAAAACCCAUCCAGCUAAAAUUGAGUUCGAUUUGUCCCUGCGAUUAGUUAAAUUCUCGGAGAAGCUGGACAAAGGAAUUGCUGACAUGGAAUUCGGCUACAAGGGAGGUCCAUUCGAAAUUAAUUUGCGUGAUAUUCUGAGAUGGUGUGAUUUGCUUAUAAGUCCCCAAACUGGAUUCAUUCCCAAAAAGACCCCCUUCCAACGUCAGGAUUCCAUAAAGGAACUUGUAAGUGAAUUCCAAAACUUCCUCACUGUACUCUACGAACGUAUGAAGUUGAUCUACUAUCAAAGAAUGAGAUCCGAUCAAGAUAAGCUUUUUAUUCGUAAUGCAUUCAGUGCGGUCUUCAAUUGUGAUGCUGAGAAAUUUAAUACCCUAUCCGAAGACGUUUCUCUCUAUUGGACAGACACGAAAAUCUAUCUAAAUGAUAUUGUAUUGGAAAGAGAACCUGCAGUAAGUGGGAAUGCUACUCUGAGACCACUGAAGAGCAAAGUAAAGACACCACUUAUGCUGGCAUCCCAAAGAGAAUAUCUCAAGAAUUUGAUUGAAUGUGUUUACAUGGAGAAGCCGGUGCUAUUGUGUGGUCCAACCGAUUCAGGAAAAACUAAACUCAUCGAUUUGGUUUGUACUUUAUCCAAUGAAGUGUGUAACUCCGACACCAUCGAUGAUUCUGUUACUGGAAGUUUUCAACAGAUUGAUCUCAAUCGACACUUGGAAGAGAUAUCACAAAGCGUUGAAACAAUUUUCAUAACAGAAGUCCAGAACCUUAUCAUAACCCUAAACAAUGGCGAACAUCAGGCACUAACAACUCACAAACUGGAAGAAUUACUCAAUGCCUGGAGUAAAUAUUCGGACCUCAAUAAAAUCAAAAUUGAUCUUCACAAUCAAUCAGAGAUGUCUGACGAGCUGAACAAUUUCCGCAAUCGCAUUCAACUCAUAGCCAAAGUCAUAACUAAACUCCUGUCUGUUCAGACUAUUUCCCUUCACGUCCAGACCGAACUGGAACAACUGAACAAAGUCCUCAAAGCUCUUAAGAAUCUAAUUCGCAACUACGAAUCACUGAACACCGGUGGAAGUUUCGAAUGGGUAGACUCGAAAAUUGUCAAAUCCCUCAAAAAUGGCCAAUACAUCAGUUUGGAACAUGUGAAUCUAUGUUCGUCGGCGGUUUUGGAUCGAUUGAAUCCGGUCUUCGAACCGAAUGGCAAGCUCAUGAUAUCCGAAAAGGGUGUAACUGCCAAUGAUGAAGCUGAAAUUGUCGAUAAGCAUGAGAAUUUCCGGGCAUUCCUCACCAUCGAUCCCAAGAAUGGAGAACUAUCUCGAGCCAUGAGGAAUCGUUGUGUGGAGAUGGCAUUUAGCAAGGACAACUACACCCAAGAUGACUUCCGAGUUAUUGUCUACGAGAACGGAAUUCAUGACAUAAAUUCGAUAAAUACAAUUCUGAGGAUCCACGAGAGAAUUUGUAAAGCAACCGAGAUCAAUAACUUCAAUGUUUCCCAUCUCACACAAUUUGCCUUCCUGGUCGAUGCGUACAAAGGUAUCGGCUAUGACGAUGAAAGGGCUAUAUAUGUCAGUGGAAUGGAGGUAUACGUCUAUUCGUCGAAUAUCGAUCUAAUGGGAUAUGGCUUGGCUUUUUAUCAAAAUCAACUGCGAGAAAUUGUGCUUGAGGAAUCGAAGAAACUACUAAACGAUGUUGAGAAUGUGGAAGGAGUGGAUCUUCAAAACGUAGUUCUCAGAGGUGAAGAUUUGAAUUCUGUGGCAUUGGUUAAAAUGCAAGCCGAACCUUUCAGAUUGCUCCUUAAGAAUAAUGCUAGUGAUGCAUUGAGCCAGCUUUUUAGUGGUUUUGAGAGUAUCGACUUCCAAAACAGCUUAGAAUUGAUAAGGACUUGUAUGUACAUGUUCUAUGAAACAAGUUCCAUGGACGACAGUAACGUCCGGCAUUUGUACUUAAAGGAGAUUCUAAAGUCCGCUGAAUUGGAUCAAAAUUCGGUGAAGGAACUCGAAAUGCUCAGUGAUGAGUUCUAUUCCACGAUACACCAAAGUAAGCAAAACUUCGGAGAAAAUCUAAGCUCCAUUCCAUGGAACAGCAAACUAUUCCCACGGAUCAGGGAAUACAUCACAGAACUCAAUGCAGAAUACGAACAACAAGGCUUCGCUCUAAGUGCUCUCUUGUUGUCGCAUUUAUUAGUUGAUAAUGUUGGCCUUGAACCAGUCGCCAAAUUGAGUCAACUUAACGCUCUCGCCUAUUCCCAAGCUGUUCAAACUAAAGUCAUUAACGAUCGUCUGAAUAAUGUGUUCCUAAAUAAUCUAGCGACAUUUGUCAGGAGUCUGGGUCACAUUUUGAAUGCCUCUUUGGGAUAUGCUGGAUUCAAUCUGUCCAAUUAUGUUCAAGUUAUCACGGCCUUCUUGUGGACCAAUCGUUUAGUGAACAUAUCCAAAGGCAAGUUGUUCAUUGGCAAAGUCCUCAAUACGAAUUUAAUGGAUAAACUACUCUUGCACUUCAAGUGGUUGGACAAGAAUCUAUUGAAACAGUUGGAGAAACUUUUGCCAAACUAUAAGCAGUUGAAUGCUGAGUUUGAGUUGAGUCUGCAGAAGAUUGCCAACUACGCCUUGAGUGUGAAUCAUCCAUUGAAUUUGAUAAGGAAAGUCUAUACAAAGCAAAUGACCCAGUUCCAGCCGUAUUACAAUGAAGAACAAGUCCAGAGGUUGAAGUUGAGAAACACACUUGAUGCCGCUCUUGCUGUGGUUCCUGUGUAUGGAGCAUAUUCGAAUGAGUUUAUUGCAAAGAAGCUUCUGGCACAGAAAUCGGAUGAAGCGAGAAAGUUGAAAGCGGUUGUUUUGAAGAAAAAAGGAAUUGACAUUCAAUUGCAGCGUUUGCCAGGGGGUGCUGCUUUGCCUUCUGAUAUUCCCCAAACUCUUAUAGAUGCAAUGACGAACUUUAUCAAUGAUUUUGCGGAAAAGGAGGAGGAAACUGUUGACGAUUGGGAAUUCGAUGAAUACGAGAAGUCACUUGCGGUCAUUGCCUCUGUUCUCAAUGCAGACCUGCAGCCGACGCAGUUGCCAAAUCAGGUAGAAUUCGAAAUGCUUCCACUUCGAGAAUACUACGUAAACAAGUUCGUUUCCCAAAUUAUGGUCAAUAAAUCGAGGAGCUUAGAGUUGAAUGAGUUCUUCAUUGAGAAUAUUCCGUCACUGAGUACGUCGACGCUUGAAUUACUUCAGCUCACGAAAAGCAAGAAAUAUCAACGAUUGGAAGGAUUGUUCUCUGAGAUCCUAAGACAUAUCUCCACCAUCGAGGCUGACAGUGAGUUUGAAAGCCUGAUUCAGUAUAUGAAUGUGAAUUUCAAGCUUAUUUCAACGUACAAUCAUCUUGUGUCGAAGACAUCGCAUUCUUUACUGUUGAAUAAUCUCUCCACAAGGAGUGAUGCCUGUUUGAAUCUUGAAAAGAAAGACCUAGAAGUUGCUUCGACCUAUGCAUACACUGGACCACCUUUAAGCGAGAGUGUUUUUAAGAUGCUAUUCCAUUGGGAUGGAAGCUUUAAGGCAAUCUCACUGAGUGACUUGCAGGUUUGGAAGUCAUCCCUGGCUGAUAUGCGUCAAUUGAUUUGGAACAAUGGCCUGUUGAUGGGAAACAGAUUUGAUCUAUCUCAAUCGAUUCUGGAGGAGAGUUUGUCAAAAGCCAAGAAGCUUACUGUGGAAGUUAAAUACGUGCAAAAGCUCUGUCAGAAUAUGGAAAAUGAGAAUUUCUCCGAUUACAAUGAUAAUUUCCAGAAACUUGUCUCUAAAUUAAAUCAUCACUGUAUUGAGACACAAACUGAAGUCAACGCCCAACUCCAACCGAUGCUAAGGACUCAGAAUAACUUUUACAAUGCGUCCUUAAUUCAGUCGCUCAUUGGAUCUAUAGAAUUGUGUCUGCUCACCUUUACACCGUUGAUCGAUCCGGUUGAGAAGAAUCGUCUUAAAAAUGAGUACAUAGUCGAGGAUAUAAAUUGUCUCAGUACCCUCAUGACAGCCUACGAUUUCAUGAAGAUCACCAUGAACUACAAGAAUUUCGGAGCAGAGAUAUGCAAUGAGUUGCAGUUGAGACUCGCCGACUUAGCCAAAAGACAAGCUAAGUUCUCUCAAAAGGUUGCUCUGCGUCCAGAAGUCUGUUUAUAUUCGAAUUUAGUUCAAGACAUAACUCACUUCUUGAAGACAAAUUGUGAACCAAAUUCAUUGCAUAAUCUUCUCCAGCAAGUCGAUGAUAGUUGGCAGGAGUGUAUUGACUUUAAACCCACACCGGAUGAGUCCAAGUUAAUGAGACUUAUCGAGACGUACAAAAAACUCGAUUUAUGGAUAUCGAAUUCGCAGAGAUUUAUCAAUCAUACAAUGAAACGUUAUGCGGGUCACUAUGAAGAUUUCCUACAACCCCUAGAGUGUUCGGUGGGUUUGGUUAGAUUCGGUUUUGAGGGCUUGAAAGUCUCCCUCCAACAAAUGCAAAGCUCAAUCCUACCCAAUUCCAUUGGAAUCUUUUCGAAUUUGAACGAAAAUGGGAAGUUGUCGAAUUUACUUACAAAUAUUGUUGAGUUCCCGAGUUCGAGUAGUUUGCAAGUUUUCAAUGCGGACAAGUCCACGAAGAAUGUACAUGAGAUUCGUUCGAUUGUUUUUUCUGUUCUAGAUCGACUUGAGGGCAGCGAAUUUGAAUACUUUAGACUUUUAAAAUCAAAAAUUCUUGAGCUUAAGAAUCGUAUUACUAUCUCAAUGGAUAUCAAUGAAGAGACAUUCAAUGAACUUGAUUUUGCCCUCAAUAUAUGCAACAAAGUAUGGCAAGAUGAGGAGGAGCGUAAGAGGAAACAAAAAGCCGAAGAAGAUAGUCUUUAUGUUACAAAAACCAAAUGUGAAACGGAAGAUGAAGAACUCAUUGAACUUCAAGAAAUCGAAGAAAACUUCCCAACAAAUGUUCAAGAAGAUUUUGGCGAGUUUAUUGAGGAUGAUUCAUUGGAAAAAGUAAUGAAACUUUCGUCGGAUAAAAAAAUAACAAAUAAAUCAUCGUUGGUUAUUCGAGAUGAAGAUUAUGGUUUCUUAGCAAAGAAUUUCAUCAUUCUUAUGGAACAAUUUUCAAAGGUUUACUAUUACCACUCAGAUGUCACUUCGAAAAAGGCACCUGCUCUGGAUUUCAUAUCUCCCUUCAAAGAUCGUGUCAGAGUUUUUGUAAGAUUAUUUUCGAAAUAUAAAACUGCACUUAAUGAACAAUUGGAUAAGAAUAUUUACAAUACGUUCGCUUUUGCUAUUGGUCUUCAGCAAGAGAUGCUCAAUGAAGUAUCACUUUCAAACAAACAUUUACAAGAAUAUAACUUUUAUAAGGAUGCCAAUAUUCCCGAAAUCAUUGCAUGUACUGAUGUUUUGAAUAGGAUUGAUAAACGUGUCAAAGAUCAAUUGGAAUUGUAUCCUGAACAUGCUAGUUUAAUUGAUAUAAUUCGUGUGAUAAAGAAAAUCCGUGGUCUACCAUCGACAUCACCUGUAGUUCGCUUCAAUACAGGUUUCCAAAUCCUGCGGCAAAAAGUCGCCCAAUGGAAUGAAGUUGCCCACAAGAAAAAUCAUUUGCGUGAUUUAGAAAUCGAGGUAGCCGAAUUUGUCCAGAAAUGGACAAAACUCGAAUUGCAAUUCUGGAGAACAUGUCUAUCUCAAACUCAUGAACGAGUCCAAUCAAAUGCCUACAAAUAUUGGUUUUUCAUCUAUAAUCUUCUCCAAGAAUACAUCCAAGAUCACGAGAUCGAUUCUUCCUACACUGACAUGAAAUACACAGAAAAACGUUUUGCCGAAGGUGAAACAAUGGAAACUGAGCAACAAAAAACCUCUAAGAUCUCAUCCAACGACAUCCUAAAAAUUCUAAGACAAUUUGUAGAAUCCUCAAGCUACGGGGAUUUCCAAGUUCGUAUGGAUUUGCUUAAAUCCUUUGAGUUGUACCUGCACUAUGUUCAAAUUGGCGACGAGGAGAAGAAGACCUCUCUGAUUGCUGGUCUUCAUAAUUUACAAAUCUACUUUAGUCAAUUUGCUUCCGAGAUCGAAGAGAAUAAGAAGUCAAUUCGGGCUCCAAUCGAAAAGAAGCUCAAAGAGUUCGUAAAGAUUGAGUCCUACAACAAGGACUUGUCAUACUUCAGCAUGCGAAGUAAUGUGGCCAGAGUUCAUCGAAGCUUAAAUAAGUUCCUUAAGGAAUACCAAAAUAAAUUAACUGAAAAAAUAACUCCAGUCUUCCAACCCAAAGACGCCACUGCAAAGGACUACAAUUUCCAGAACGAAAAAGGCAGGGAAUUGCGGUACGAUCCAAAGAUCAAGUAUUACAUGCUUGACGUGAAGACAUUUGUUGCUCCACAAAAACUUAAGGGAAAAUUCGAGAUUGAAGCUGGAAACGGCGGCGGCGAUGAGGCGAGUCUCUUGCAUAAAGUUGGCAAGCUAUUCUUGACAUCCCGAAACGUAGUCAAAGAAACCAUAAGCAAUGUUGCAUAUCCCAGCCUCAUUAAUGCACUCGAUGAGUUGAUGAUUACUCAAAUCGAGACAUGCGAUUACCUUAGAAAUCUGGAAGUUAACAGAACCCAAGAACGUCCUAAGCAAGUAAUCGAAGCCAAACAUAUUCUGCAACAAAAACGAAAAGCACUCUCCGACUUCUUUAAGACUUUGAGUAAUCUUGGAUUGAGUUAUAAGUCUGGACUUCUGGAGAUGUCACUUCGGUCGGAAUUCGAAGAUUUGUCGCUUCCUCCAUUCUGUGUAAAGACCAUGCUCGGUGGAUUCAAGGAUAAGAAGAUUCACCCAAAUAUUGUUCACUUGAACGAAAAUCUCGAUAGAUACUAUGCAAAGUGUGUAUUUAAGCUGAAGCUCCUGCAGAAUGCUAUGCUGGCGCCACUGAGCGAACUGGGACCUCCCAACAUUGACCGCAUUAAGGGUUUUGCCGUGGAGACAUUCCUCCUGGUGCAGAAUCAACGAGUUCUCUUGAGUAAUUCCACUCGAAGUAUUUACGAGUUGCAAAAUGUGAUCUCUAAUUUGAAGCUUCUAUCCGAAAUGAGUGCAGAACGUUCGGAAAGCUUGAAGUUCUCCAAAUGGCGAGAUGAAUUCGUUGCAUUGAAAGAAAGCAUCUGCAGAGUUCGUCUUCUGUUGGAACAGUUUGUGUUGCUAUUGAAAUGCGUUCCAGACAAAGAAUCACCUGAGAACACACUGUUAGUGAAUACCAAUGCUGUCGUUGUCCAGGGAGAACUCAAGUUCUCAGCCAUCACAGAACGUUGUCAAAACCUUCUAAGUCAAGUAAAAUCUGUCCUAAGUGAUAUGGCAAAGAAUGAUGUCGAGUUCCUUAGCAGUGAGCGGAUGGAGAUCUUCAACAAAGCCUACACAGACAUUCGCGCCCAAAUUGAAGACAUACGAGCAUUGUUCUCUGUUUCUGAAGGUGAGUACCUUCCAGCUGCAAAGAGUCUCACAGAACUGCUCAAUCACAUGGACGAAGUCUAUGAAUCUUUCGUAAGUCAAGAUAACGCAGCAGAAGACUUGCCAGACUUUGAAAAUAUUGACAUCGAAUUGGAGAACAUUGUUCAUUCGAUUUUGUUGUCCAUUCAAAAGCUCUUUAAGAAGUAUCCCAAGCAAAUGGUGAUCUCUGAAGAUGGCAAGGAACAGAGAGUGUCGCCCAGCAAAAAGCAAGCUGAAGACGAGCAAAUAAAGGAGAAUCAUCUUAAGGGAAAGUUGUACCAAGAACUUUUGGCCGAUUGGGAAAUUCUGAAUCUCACCCAUGUUACCAAGAAAAUGUCCAAUAUUCUUCUAUCCAUCAAACACUCGAAGGGUGCAGGCAUUCAGUACGUUCGUAGGAUAACAUCAGUUCUGCCAAUUUUGGAGCAAUACAACUUAGUUGCAGAUUACUACCUGUUCCAACAAUUGGGAGCUCAUAAGAUUUCCUCUAAAAUGCUUUCAGUAAUGUUGACUGUCUUCGUUGAACUAAGUACGAAAGGAUUCUGUAUUCCACCGGACCUAAUGCAGGACGAAGAAGGUGAGUCAAAGAAGAACGACGACAAGAAGGGUGAAGGAUUUGGCCUAGAAGAUGGAACUGGCGAUAAAGAUGCUUCCGAUAAAAUCGAAUCAGAAGACCAACUUGAUGAUGCAAAACGACCAGAGGAUCGAAAGGAGGAAGAUAAGAAGAACAACGAGGAUUGCAAGGAGGAGAAGGGAAUUGAGAUGAGUGAUGACUUUGAGGGUAAGAUGCAGGACAUCGAGAAGCCCGAAGAGGAAGACGACAGUGGAGAGUCUGAGGACGAAGAAGAACUCAACAAAGAAAUGGGUGACACCGACAAGGGAGCUGAUAAGUUGGAUGACCAAAUUUGGGGAUCUGACGAGGAGCAAGAACAAUCCGAGGAAGAGAAUGAAAUGCAGGAGGAAGAUGAGGGUAAGGGUUCGAAAGAUGAAUCGGAUGCCCACAAUGAUUUAGACACCAAAAACGAGUCAAAGAAGGGAGAAGAAGAACACGACAAGGAUGGCUUAGAUGCGACGGAUGAUCCAGCUCAGGACAAAGAGAAGAAGAAGCAAGAAAAGGAUAUCGAUGAGAUGAAGGAACCCGAAUUCGACGAGGAACAAACUAAUCCAUAUCACAAUCAGCUAGAAGAUCCACCAGAGGCGGAGGAAAUGGAUUUGGGUGAUAACGUAAACAUGGACGACGAGAGAGAUGCCGAUGAUCAGCGGGAUGAAGAUAAUCCAUUCGACAUUGACGCAAUGAAGGAUCAGAAGCCACCAGAAAAUGAAACUGAAGAAGGUGAUGAAGAAGGCGAAGGAGAUAAGGACGAACCGGGUGAUGAAAACAAGAACGAAGGUGACUCUUCAGACUCUGAGGAGGAACCUGAAGCAGGAACAGAAGACUUAAAGAAGGACAAAGAUGCUGAAGAUGAGAAAAAAGAAGAUGAAAAGGUAGAAAACGAGGAUGCGGAAACAAAAACCCGUGGUGAGUUGGACGAAGAAGAGCAGAAGCAAGAGCAGGGAGAGGAUGAGAAUAAGGAGAGCAAAGCUGAAGACAAAGACACGGAUGCAGCUGAAGAGUCAAAGGACAAACAGAGCAAGGAGGAGAAUGUUCAAUCUGUGCCCGAGACAGAGAACAAGGGAUCAACUGAUCAAGUUCAGAACGAAGAUCUCGAGAAGGACAUCAACCAAGAUCAGAAGCUCGACGAACAAGAUACUGGUGACGACAAAGACGGAGUAGGACAAGCAGAGAACGAAACAUCCGACCAGGGUCAUCAAGGCAUUGCGGAAACCAAAGAAACCGAAGCAAAGUCAGAUCAGUCCAAGGAGAAGCCCAAACCCGAAGAGAAACGAAAACAGGGACGUACUAAUGAAGAACGAACACUUGGAGAGGCCGAGGAGAACAAGUUGAAACAAUUGAAAACAAUAGAUAGGCUUAAGGAACAGAAAGAAGGUCCUGAGGAGAACGAUAAGGAUGAUGAUAAAAAGGAUGAAGCAGAAAGUGAGGAAUUCCAGCAUGUAAAAGAUCCAAAGACAAAUGACAAGACAACUCUGGACAAUGCCACCGAAGAGCAAUCAAAACAAAUAAAACAUCUGGAAGAUGAGGAGAAAAAGGAGGACGAGGAGAAGAAGGGCGAUGAAGAGAACACUGACGAAUUGAUGGAUGUCGAUGAGACUCCAACCCCAGAUGAGAUGGAUCAAGAUCAACCGGAAGUUUCUUCCGAAAAACUGGACAAACAUUCUGACAAACCUUCAAAAACAGAAAAGAAUAAAGAACAAUCUGAAGAAACUGAAAAAGUUGACGUCGAAGGUGAGGUGAUAGAAACAAUGACGGUUUCCAGAGGUGACGACACCACAGCACAUUGCGUAAAAGAAAUUCUUAUGGAUACAAGUAUUGCUCAAGAGUUAACAGCUGCUGAGACUUUGGAACUGAGAAAAGCCUACCAAAAUCAGUUGGUUUCUGGCAAAGGGUCAAUUCCUCAACAUCAAGACUACGAAAUGUGGCAAAUAAUCUCCAAUAAAAUGCUUCCGAAUGCCCGCGAGCUAUGCGAACAACUUCGUCUUAUCCUCGAGCCAACAAAGUGCACCCGACUCAAGGGAGACUACCGCACAGGUCGCCGGAUAAACAUGAAGAAAAUCAUUCCAUACAUCGCCUCACAAUUCCGAAAGGAUAAGAUUUGGCUGAGAAGAACCAAACCAGCACAACGUGAUUACAAAAUUACAAUAGCCAUCGAUGAUUCAAAGUCAAUGGAUCACAAUAAUUCCAAGGAAUUGACCCUGGAAGCUAUUUCCCUGGUCUCACAAGCAUUAACUCUGCUUGAAAGUGGUCGUUUAAGUAUUGUUUCAUUUGGUGAAGCGCCCAAAAUUAUACUCAAUCAUACAGAACAAUUUGAUGGUCCCAAGUUGGUGAGUUCAUUGGCUUUUGCCCAGGAGAAGACGAACAUUGCCGACUUGUUGGAUUUCGUUAGGACUGUGAAUACCGAAGAGGGUGCAAUGGGUUCGGACAAUGGAUUGUUUGAAAAUCUGCUUCUAGUUCUGAGUGAUGGCCGAAAUAUAUUCAGUGAAGGAAGUGUUAAGGUCCGAAAUGCCGUAAAACUUGCGAGAAGACAACGGAUAUUCCUUGUUUACAUCAUCAUAGAUAACCCAGAAAACAAGAGCUCAAUUCUUGAUAUCCAAUCAGUGGAAAUGCUGCCAGAUAAUAAACUUAGUAUUAAAUCCUAUCUCGAUGACUUCCCCUUCCCCUACUACAUGAUAGUUCGUGAUCUUGGACAACUGCCCCUCGUUCUCAGCGAAGCCAUGCGACAAUGGUUCGAGUUGGUCAACAGUGAACAGUAGUUUUUUUAAGAAUUCAUAACGAAUGUGUAAAUAUAUAGAUAAAUAGAAUGUAAAUAAAUAAGAAAAAAAACCCAAUGAAUUGAAGUAAUACAAUAA